UUGGUUGUUUUGUGGUCACGUGAUCUUGGUUUGCGGUAGAGACCGCCAUGUUUAAUUUCUGGCUAGCAAGGAAAAGUGGUUUAACAAGUGUUUUACUUUUAUAAGUUUGUAUGGUCUAUAUGGAUAUAGGAAUUGGCACAGUUACAGCUCUUGGCGGUGUUGGUACACAAGCACAGGUGUGAGAAGACAGGAGACUGGAGAGUGUUGUUACAUGUAAUGUGGAUGUUUAUUCUACAAAUAAGACCCGGACAUGUUACACGUCUUGAGUGGUUUGAUGAUAAACAGUUAUUUAUGUGUUCAGAGACAUUCAGAGAUAAUACAGUAAUAUUCCAUUCAGGGAUAGUAUGUACAUGUAAAGUGAAGAGACAUUUAAAAAGACUGUACCAUAGUUUACAUGAUGACAGACUGAUACAUGUGUUAUACAUAUAGAAGAAGAUUAUAUAGAUAAUUAAAAGAAAUUAUUAGAAACCAACUACACAAGCCUGUGUAGUUCCGUCUCUACUAGAUUUAGAUUCAAGUUUAAGGGGAUUAUUAUUGAAAUCUUAUUUCAUUUUUCAUUUGCAACAGUAAUAACUAUGUAAAUGUUAAACAUACUCUAGUAGUAUUACAAAUACGAUACGAGUACGGUACGGGAUUUAGCAGCGUCCUGGAGUGUAAUUUAUAGUUAUUUCCCUUUAACAAAUAUCGCCAUUUGUAAGCUAUAAUUUGCCUACAGGCUUUAAGCCUAGAAAUACAUAUGUAGACAAUGGAUUAUUAUAGAAAAAAAAAGAUAUUCUAAGUGAACUUAAAAGUAGACGCUUGGCAUGAGACAUUCCUGUCAAAAAGGAUUGUCUGUGGAUACACAUAUUGGACUGAACAUGUCGAACAACAGAUGACUAGCUGUCAUAUUGUGCAGUAUAAAAUAUGAUGAUAUCUGUUUAUUUCAUGGACACUGAAGAACGUGUAUAAGUGCAAGAGUUAUAUAACAAACAGCCAUGUAGAUGUCUCUUUAUUGCAUGAAUACUGAUGAAAGUGUAUAAUUGCAAACAUGUAGAUAUCUGUUUAUUGCGUGACCAUUGAAGACUUGUAUUUAUAAGUGCAAAUGUUAUAUAUCAGACAUUUAGAUGUCUGUUUAUUGCGUGAACACUGAAGAACAUUGUAUAAAUGCGCGAGCUAUUUCCAACAUGUAGAUGUCUGUUAAUUGCGUGAAAACUGAAGAACAUUGUAUAAAUGCAAGAGAUAUUUCCAACAUGUAGAUGUCUGUUUAUUGCGUGAACACUGAAGAACAUUGUAUAAAUGCGCGAGCUAUUUCCAACAUGUAGAUGUCUCUUAAUUGCGUGAACACUGAAGAACAUUGUAUAAAUGCAAGAGAUAUUUCCAACAUGUAGAUGUCUGUUAAUUGCGUGAACACUGAAGAACAUUGUAUAAAUGCGCGAGCUAUUUCCAACAUGUAGAUGUCUGUUAAUUGCGUGAACACUGAAGAACAUUGUAUAAAUGCAAGAGAUAUUUCCAACAUGUAGAUGUCUGUUAAUUGCGUGAACACUGAAGAAAAUUGUAUAAAUGCGCGAGCUAUUUCCAACAUGUAGAUGUCUGUUAAUUGCGUGAACACUGAAGAACAUUGUAUAAAUGCAAGAGAUAUUUCCAACAUGUAGAUCUCUGUUUAUUGCGUGAAAACUGAAGAACAUUGUAUAAAUGCAAGAGAUAUUUCCAACAUGUAGAUCUCUGUUUAUUGCGUGAAAACUGAAGAACAUUGUAUAAAUGCAAGAGAUAUUUCCAACAUGUAGAUCUCUGCUUAUUGCAUGGACACUGAAUAACGUUUCUGUCAGCAAAGGUUAUGUCAAACGUGUAGAUAUCUGUUUACUGCGUAAAAACUGAAGAACAUGUAUAAAUAUCUGUUAUACAGUGCAUCAUAAUUAGCAAAAAGAAAUAUCUCUGUGGGAAUCCUGUAAAAAAUCCUUCUCAACAGUGAAAUGACCUGCUAUAUUACAUUUUUAAAUAUCUGGAAAAAAUGUUAUUCUACGAAGAUCGGACAUGUAAAUAUAGACAUAGAUAUGGCACCUGACACUACUGGAUGCCCUUUUGAAUGUGAAAUGUGUGAGAAAACUUUGUCAGUGUGAAAUAGUGUAAAACAGCAUUGUUCGUUCAUAUAGGAAAGGAAACACAAAAGCGUAAAUUAUGUAAGAAAUCUUUCUUUAAAAAAGCAGAUUAUAAAAAACCCCCACACAAAUACAUUCGUACUUGUGAAUGACUUUACAAAUGCGGAUUAUUUAAAGAAAUCUUAGCAAGUUGUGGUAUUUGGAAGAGCACAUGUCUAAUCGCACUAAUAUUAAGAAAAACAAUUGAUUCUGUAAUAGCAACACACACUUUCAAUAUGAAGUAUGUAUUUAAAAGAAAUACCCUGUACAACCUGGUAAAUUAAAAAGACACGUACAUCUAUUCAGUAAGUAGAAUAUCUGUACAAGUUCUCAGAUUUGCAUAAAAGUCUUUGCAUGGAACUGAAAGUUGAAUCAGCAUGUGAGUGUCUGUAUAAACAUAUAAUCUAGUCUUAGGGUCACUUAAGACCUUUACUUGCAUCAUACAGGGAUUUUGUAUAAAGAUAUUUGCAGCAACUAUCAAUAAUUUGAAAUUUUUGAAACCAGAUCUUUUAUUCUACAAAGUCCAUGAAUGUAAAGUUAUGGAGAUAGAAUCUGGCUACAGCGAUCGUUAUUUCCAGUGUGAAAUAUGCAAGAGACCUUUCAUGAAUUCAAAUCAGUUCAAACAACACAUGAUCAGUCAUACUGGAGAACAUCCAUUCGAGUGUGAAAUUUGUAAGAAAACUUACAUGAACCAAUCAUUUUUAGAGGACCACAAACGUACUCAUACUGGAGAACGACCUUUUGAAUGUGGAAUAUGUCAGAAAACGUUUAUGGUAGCCCAGAGUUUAAAAAGACACAUGCGUAUUCAUUCUAAGGUGAAUCCAAACAAAUGUGAAAUUUGCAGUAGAUCUUUCAAGAGUAUGGAUUAUUUUAAGAUACAUAUGUUAAUGCAUAUUAAUGGGCGUCCAUUUAGAUGUGAAAUAUGUGGAAAGACAUUUAUUAUGAGAGACCAUAUAAACAAACACAAACUCGUUCAUACAGGUGAACGUACUUACAAAUGUGAAGUAUGUAGUAGAUCUUUCAUGCAUGCUACCGUUUUAAAAAGACAUUUGCGUACUCAUACUAAAGAGCGACCGUUUAAAUGUGACAUAUGCAAGAAAAUGUUCACUCAGAGUGGUGGUUUGAAAAGACACCAACUUGUUCAUUCAAACGAACUAGCUUACAAGUGUGAAGAAUGUGGUAAACCGUUCAGAUAUAUUGACAAUUUGAAGAAACAUCUGGUUACGCAUACUAAGGAACGUCUUUUUGAAUGUGAUGUAUGUCGUAAGUCGUUUAGCCUGAAAGAAAGUCUGAAGAGACAUAAACGUAUCCAUACGGGUGAACGCCCAUACAAGUGUGAAAUUUGCAGUAAAUGUUUCAUAGAUGCUGGAUCGUUGAAUAUUCAUAAGCGGAUUCACACUGGUUACAAACCAUAUGAGUGUGAAACAUGCUGGAAGUGUUUUGUAGAUUCCGGAAGCUUAAGGAAACACAUGCGUGUCCAUACGGGUGAUCGUGCAUACAAGUGUGAAAUAUGUAGUAAAUCUUUUCUUUAUUCCUGGGCAUUAAAUAGGCAUAGACUUGUUCAUACUGGUAACAAACCUUAUGAGUGUGAAACAUGCGGAAAACAUUUUACAAAGUCAGGAUACCUAAAGAAGCACAUGCAAAGUCAUUCUGGAGAACAUUAAGUUACAGUGCAGGUAGAUACAAUAGGGUUGUUAUAACAGUAGCUUGAUCUGGGAUGCAGUAUUCGGCUCUAGUGGAUUUUACCAGAUCGGAUCUCACGAGGUGCGCAAGCGCCAAGUGUGAUCCGACCUUGCAAAAUCCACGAGAGCCGAAUACAAAGUCCCAGAUCCAGCUACUGUUAUAAUGACCCUUUUAUUAUAUACCUUUACCAUUUUGAUUCUUGUUUUGUUCUUGAACGAAAUCUUCAAUAUUUAUCGAUAUCAAAUGGAACUUAGUGAAGUUUUUAUGUGUGCUAUUUAUAGGAAUAUGUCGGGUUAUGCAUAUUAAUGAAAAUAGUUCGGCAGCAUACAAUACGGAAGGUACAAUAUGGAAUUUAAAAGGUACAACACGGAAUUUUGUCUGUCUGUUCAUAUCAAAUUGUAAAAUACAAGCCAUUUUUUUUACAGAAUUUGUAUAGGUAUAUAAUAAAAGUCAAAUACUUCCCCAGUGUUAACUAAGAACAACUCUUCUAAUAUCAAACUUCCAAAUCUUUUAUUGCUUUAUCUCCUUUGUAAUCCGUUACCAUGAUUACAUGGAUAAGUGUGAAAUAAUGUAGGAGUUUUAACAUAGACAGGACAUUUGAAGAACCAAAGGUUAAGGACUUACUUUUCCUGAAUUUUUUAAGGAAACAUUUUACAUUGAACAAAAAAAUAUUAAACUUUUUUUUUUCGUAGACCUUAUUUCUUUUACAUCCACGGCAGGUUGUGACAACGUAUAGCAUAGCAGCUUAUCUGAAGAACCUGUGAUUUAUACAUUCAACUAAGAGUGAUAUAGAGGAUAAUUGUUGGUUUCGGUGUAAUAUCACGUUAUAAUUUCACCGAGUGGGCACCAAAAGUGAUAUUUUCACGAGUGGCGCAGCCACGAGUGAAAAUAACAACUUUUGGUGUUCACGAGUGAAAUUACCGUGAUAUUACAUCGAUACCAACAAUUUUUCUGUUUAUUUUAUGUCUAAAACUCUACUUUUGUUGUGUUUAUUUCAAUAAAAUGUCGAAAUUUGCGGGAAAUUUUAUCAGGAAGCAUCGCAAAGAUGACGUCAUUUUAACGACGUCAUCGUCAUAUUGUUUCCGGCUUUCAGUACGCUCGGUAAACUUUUGACGUUAAUCCGGGUAUCAGAUUUGAUAAUUUUCACAGAGUGGCCAGUGAGUUUAUCAGGAUAUAAUUCACCGUUAUAUAUCGAUAAACCACCGAAAAACAUAAAAUAAUAUAUUUUAUAGUCACAAUGAAUUCCAGCUUUGCUUUUAAAGUUAAUCGCUGUACUUAAGGCAUCCGAUCCACAAAUAGGUAACACUUUGGUGGCUGGUGACCCCAUGUUUUAAAACGUGUCUGCUGAACAAUAAUUGGUCCAUAAUAUGACCAUAAAUAAUAUGCACGAAUCACUACGGUCAUGUUUUUGACUGGGAAAUGAUAAAUCUUACAGUGUAAUAACUGAAUUUCUGUUGAAGUAUCAUUGAAAACUAUAAAGAAAAGAUAAAAAUUCUAUAACAUAUUUUUGUCAUGUAAUUUAUAUUUUCAUUUUUAGUAGACAAUACACUUUCAAAUGAUACUAAAAUUAUAUGAGCUUACCAGGCAUCAAUAUUUGAUAUAUUUUAAUAGUACUAUAUAGAUCUUGCUUAUUUGUGGAUCGGAUACCUAAAUAUAUUUAUAUAAUUAUUUAUUAAUAUAAACCCUAUUGUACCUGCUUUCAAAUGUGAUAUCAUAUUAAGACAUACGAUGUGACGGAAAGGAGAGAAACAAAAUUAGAGAACAAAUACAGGUUUAUAUCUACUGUACUGAUGAAAGAAUAUAGAAGUUUUUCAUUAAUUGUUCAUUGACUGGAAUCUUUCCAUGUUAUAGACAUAAGGUACAUGCAUUGGUUUGUUAGCCCACCAUCAUCAGAUGGUGGGCUAUUCAAAUCACUCUGCGUCCAUUGUCCGUCUUCCUUCCGUCCGUCCGUCCGUUUACAAUUUCUUGUUAUUGCAUCUCCUCAGAAACUACUGGGGGGAUUUUGACCAAACUUUGUCAGAGUGAUGUAUUGGUACCCUAGUUGUGUCCCCCUGAAAAUCAGACUGGUUCAACAAUUUUUAAGUGAGUUAUUCACUUUGUUUAUUUUUAUAUUUUACAUAGAUUUAUAUAGGGAAAAACUUUGAAAAUCUUCUUGUCCAAAACCACAGAGCCUAGGUCUUUGAUAUUUGGUAUGUAGCAUCAUCUAGUGGUCCUCUACCAAGAUGAUUCAAAUUAUUUCCCUCGGGUCAAGUAUGGCCCCACCCCGGGGGUCACAUUGUUAAUAUAGACUUAUAUAGGGAAAAACUUUGAAAAACCUCUUGUCCAAAACCACAGGGCCUAGGGCUCAAUGGUGGACGCCAAGAUCACUCUGUGAUCUCUUGUUUUGAUAGUCCCAUAGAAUGUAUCAUUAACCUUAGUCAGUGGUAAAUAUGAGCUAAUGUUCGCACUUGUAUACCGGUAGUUAUCCAGGUGUUUAUAUUUUCAAUAUACCAUCAUUUUGUAUUGAAAUAAAUGUCCUGCAAGUUAUAGAAUAUUGGUAGUGUUAUAGAAUCACUGGACUCAAAUUCCAAACUUGUGUAAACGAAACUUUCCUGACUUAAAAUCUGCAGCAUAGGCAUGAUAUACAUUCUAACUCAUUUACAAAUGGUACCAGCACUUAGUGAUUUCAGUUAGCAGUGCAUCUUAAUUGUUUUGAACUUUGUGCAAUACAGCUGUCAAACCCAUUCGGGUCGCGAAAUUACAUUACAAUCACGAAUAAUUAAUAAACGGAUGAAACAUUUACCACAAUAAACAGACAAGAUGUAAAUCUAUAUCAGUACUUUUACUGCAAUUACCCAUUUUGGUGUAUAAUUUUGUAGAAAAUACACAAUUCGCUGGUGUUUACAUUUAUAGGAGAAAUUUAGCGGAAGCAAGUGCCGUUUCCAGGCAAACGACCAAAAACUACCGUAAGGCAACAAAACUAUGUUCAGAUACUGUAUCGUCUGCUCAAUAUCGGACUGUAAAUCAAUUGUGCAUUAAUUGUAUAAAUGCAGAACUAUCUUAUUUUAGCGGAAUCCUAAGCGGAUCUAUCUUUUCUGAAGGCGUAAGAGCCAUGACAGGUCUAAGUUUAGCGAAACGUUUUGAUUGGUCGAUCGUUUCCGCUAACGUUGCUGAUUGGACGAGAGUGCAUUUGAAAGUUUUACGGCGGGACAAUUUCGGUUGUAUAUUCCAACGCCUGAAAGCUUAUAAAUACGAGCACAGACGUCAGUUGUCAGCUUUCCAUCCGUCAGACACGGACAUUAGGUCACGUUGUAGGUCAAAGAUGCGCCAUCCGCCAGCAUCCGCCAAAGCACUAAGCCGCUAAAACAAGACUGCCGCUAAAGAACAGUUAAUCCGCCAGUAUAUUUAUUUACAUGUGGUAUGUGUAAACUCUGGUUAUAAAAUCCGCCAAAACGAGAUCGCCGCUAAAAACUCGAAAUCCGCUAAAAGCUUACAUUUACAUACGUAACACUGUGGGACAUUGUGGAAGCUUAUACCAAGGGUGACAUUAUAUAAUAAGUCUCGUUAAAUUAAAGCAUUGUUGUAUUUUAUUUAGUUAAUACAAUAUUAAAGGUAUAGAAAUACAUCUGUCUUUUAUAUGUGAAUAUUCUCUGGGUAGUAGCGCAUUCGGCCUGUAUAAAAAUCACUACCGUACCAUCUCUAUACUAAAUAGACCUGACGUCCUGUAACUUAAGCCUGGGCAAUAGCAAAUAUAAUAAUAAUCGUUCUGAAAAAUAAGACCCGACGACGACGAUUACACGAUGUAUACUUUGGGAUAGACAACUGUAUGCUGACCUCAAAUAACACGUUUUUCACCGCAACUUGUUAUAUAUAUAUACAUCCGUACACUCGGUUAUUGUGUUUGUGUGUUUGGGGCUUAGCGCCAUUUCUCAACAGUAUUUUAUUUAUCUUACGGCAGGCAGUUGACCAUAUCAGUGAUCGUGGAUUCUGCACCAGUACAAAUCUGUUCUCCUCAAGUAAUUGCAAACUUCCCAGCAUGAAUCAAUGAAGGACUAAUGAUUUCAGACACAAAGACUUUUUUACGAUUAAUCAUCAUCGAGAACAUAUGCCAUUCUUGGGGAUCAAACUUACGACCUCGCGAUCCGUAAAUCUGCGCUCAUCCUGUUGAGCUUAGCGGACAGGCUAUAAACUUGAUUGUUAUUUGUGACGAAUGUGACUACACAUAUUGUAUCUUUGGGCUAGUUUUUGUAUCUUUGGGCUAGUUUUUGACCAUUAAAUUUGGGGAAAGAAGUGUAACAUAAAAACGUGUAAAUAAUGUAAUGCAUGCGAUUUUUUUUAUCAAAUAGAUACCGUAAUAUGAUGGUAAGUGUUUUAGCUCACCUGAGCCGAAGGCUCAUCCGUCCGUCCUUUUUGUUCACAUUUAGUUUGUUAACAUUCCAGCAUCCCCAAUAAUGAAGCAAUCUUUAUCAAACUUGGUCACAAUGGUUUUGGUCACAAGAUGUCGGACGAGUUCAGUUAUGGGCUAGAUCGGAUCAGUAUGUACAGAGAUAUUUGCCCUUGAUUAACAAAUUUGAUAUAUUGUACUUUAUUUACACUCUAGCAUCUUCAUUUCUUCACCAAUCCUAAUCAUAUUUAUAUAUUUACUACUAAGAACCUAUAAGUUGGGUAAAUUUACUUAAAACAUGAAAUAAAAAAAUGGUAUGUUUCACAUGUUAAAUAAAAAUAUCUUUCAGUCAUGAUGACAAAAUCUUUCACUUGUGACUACAUCGCUCACGAAAGCAUUGCUUCUUGUAUUCACUUCUCAAAGACAGUUUUGUCUUACAUUGAAGCAAACAAAUACAUGUACCAAAUUAUCUGAAUAGAUUAUUAAUUUGUUUUUGCGAAGUUUUAUUUGACAUAAUAUUUCGGAUAUACAGACUACUUUAGUUUAUCCAGCAAGAGCGUCUUUCUUACAAAUACAGUACGUGCAGUCAGCUGAAUCCACCAGAUAACCACUCGGGCAGUUAGCUUGACACAGUUGCUUAGCAACAUCACAGUAGUCAAUCGUUGUGACAGUUGUUGUUGGUUUUGGACUGGUUAUUGUGGUUGACAUGGCAACAGGUGGUGCUGUUGUUGUUGGAUAUUUCGAAGUGCUUGGUACCCAAGCUUUACUCGUUGAUAGUUGCUGAGUUGAAGCUGAAAAAUAACAUAACAUAGACGUUUUGUUGCGAUAUCUAGUACUUAUUAAAUGGAGGCUAUACUAACAAAAUGCACUGUAUUAGUUUUAUAUGCCAUUGUAACCGGUUUUAUAUGCCAUUGUAACUGAGACAGACUAUCAGUAUUCUAUAAUGAUUUAAUCCCAUAUAUUUCAUUGUCUUAAUUGGUUAAAACAUGGUUGAUCAGUAAGCCGACCACAAAUUAGUUUUGGUAUCGAAAGUGUCCGAAUCAUACUGAUUUUCGAACGUGCCAGGAGGUCAACUGCAUCGUGGAGCUAGUUUGUCAUGGUAACGGUUGUAAACAAUUUAUAUUCUGGGAAUGAGUUUCUAAAAAAGUUUAUUAGCCUACUACACGACCCCUUACUUUUGUAACAUAUAUUGUAACCACAUGCUAUUUGUUGAAUAAAAUAUUGUUUAAACCAAG